AUGCUACUACGAACAAGUCAAGCCGAGAUUGCAAAGCUGAAACGCGAGCUGCAAUCAAGAGGGAAAACAUACGUACACACCACCAGCAGAAGGCCGAGAAAGAGCACAUUGGACCCACAUCGAACUAUUGAUCAAAUGGACCUCAUUGAGUGUCUUCAUACACCAGUGAACUAUGAAAGUGCAGCGAAUAUUAAAUCUCUAUCCGUCUCAAGACGGUCCGAAGUGCGACAGCCGUCCCAUUUGUGUCAGCAAAAGCGCCAACACAGUUCAACCUCAAGUUCGGGUUCUUCAUCUAGCGCAAGUUCGAGUUCAUCCAGCAGUUCGCCCUCAUCGUCCUCAGCUUCGGAUAUCCAAAAAGUAUAUCCUCACCAAAAAUCAUCAUUGACCACUUUUUCAUCUCAAAAAACCUCGGCUGUUGGUGAUAAUGCAAGUGUUCGACCUCGUACCGGUAAAACGAGAGUCCAUUCAACCACAGCCUCCUUUCAAAAACGCCGUCCCUCGAUGGGAAAUGGCUCCGCAUCUUUCCAGAGUUCAAAAGGUAACAAACCGCUCGGGAGGUCGUCAAAACUAUUCGGGCGUUCACCCAAGCCUACUGUCACAAUGACCGUCAAGUCAGUACCUUCUGCCACUUAUGCUGUGAGCAACGCUGAAGAAUCUAACCAAAAUCAUAAGCAAAUGAAUGCUGUACCUGUUUCAUCUGCCGAGCGUUCUACGGCGGAUGCUGCAACUGGUAUUAGUGAUGGGCCUGAAGCCCAUCUACAACGACUUGUACGGGCAUCCGUUCGGUCUGCUCGUGAUCACCAUUCUGCAUCCAUCGUGUUUGCUCCUCCCCUGAAAGGAAAGCGUUUAACUGAUGACGAGAAAUCCUUUGUUGAUGCGUACUUGCGAGCUGAGGAGCAUCGUUGCAUCGCAGUGGCGAAGCGCGCUCGCAGUCAGAGUCCCCUACGCAGUCAGCCGUUUUCACCAACCAUUUUUACUCGGCGACAGAUGAUCAAACGCAGCUCCCUCUGUAGCCCGCCCUCGUUUGCCGCGACCUCCACCGCCAACACUGUUGUGGGUGCUCUGAAUGUUUCCAUGCGAUGUCACGUGGCUCCACAAACCCCUCCAGAUGAGGAGGAGGAGGAGGAGAAUAUCCAGAGUGGAGGGGAUGCGCCGUCCGCCUAUCCCUGCAGAGGGGCCCCUCACACUCCCGAAGACGAGUACGUGGAGGAGGUGGGCGAGGAGUUUGCCAACGAAGUGGAUCUCCGUACCACUGGUGCGCUUCAUGAAGAUGAAGUCAACAAUUGCCACAGUAUCCUGGAGUCGCCGCAAAUUGAAAUUGAGGACGAAAUUUCAGACGCGGCUUCACAGUGA